CGAAAAACGCCAGGGCGGAAGUACGGGCAGCUCCGCGCCGCGCAUGCGCACGGAGCGCCGCGACGCCACGGCGCGCACGGCUGACGUCAUCGCGGCGCGCCGCGGCAUGAGCGCGGCCGAGCGCGGCGCCGGCGGGCCCGGGGCUCCCGGUGGGCCCGGGGCUUCCGAGCCCGGCGGGGGCCGCAGGACGCGGGGCCGGCCGCGCCUCACCGACACCGACCGCGCCCGGCGGCGGCUGGAGUCGCGCAAGAAGUACGACGUGCGGCGGGUGUACCUGGGAGAGGCGCACGGGCCCUGGGUGGAGCUGCGGCGCCGCAGCGGAUGGAGCGACGCCAAACUGGCGGCGUACCUGCUGGGGCUGGAGCAGGGCCAGCGCGCCGGGCGGCGCGGCAAACCCUGGGAGCAGCUCCCGAAAAAACCCAAACGCAAGAAAAGGCGCCGGCGGAACGUGAACUGCCUGCGGCACGCGGUGAUCUGGUACGAGGACCACCGGCAGCGCUGCCCGUACGAGCCGCGCCUGGCGGAGCUGGACCCCUCGGUGGGGCUGUACACCACGGCCGUGUGGCAGUGCGAGCGCGGGCACCGCUACUUCCAGGACCUGCACUCGCCCCUGCGCCCGCCCAGCGACUCCGAGGGCGAUGACGCCCCCGGCUCCUCCUCCUCCUCCUCCUCCUCCUCCUCGGGGGGCUGCAGCUCGGGCUCGGAGGCGGCUGUGGGCGGGGGUCCCGCGGUGGCGGCGGCGCCCCCCGGGGGUCCCGAGGCGCUGGAGGCCGUGGUCUGCGUCCCCCUGCCCCUGCCCCUGCCCCGGGGGGGGCCGGACGGGGCCGAGCCCCCCGCGCUCCUGCAGGGCCCCCCGCUCCUGAUCCUGGGCUGCGAGGGGCUGGGGGGGCUGCAGCUCGGCCUGGGGGGGCACGGGGUGCUGCUGGGGGCGGGGGGCGCCUGCCCCGCCCCCCCUGACCCCCCACACCUGGCCAAGACAGAGGAGGAUGAGGAGGACCCGGUGCUGAGGCUGAAGCAGGAGGAGCUGCCCCCCCCCGCCGAGCUCCCCCCUCCGGAGCCCCCCCGGGAGCCCCCCCGGGACCCCUCCCCGGCUGAGGACCCCGAGGUGUCGACGAUCAUCUACGAGAUCCCCAAAGAGCCAGAGAGGCGCCGGCGGAGCCGCCGGGGCCGCGCCCCCUCCCCGGACCCCGAGGACCCCCCCGAGCCCCUCACCUGCCCCUACGGCGGCUGCGGGCAGGAGUUCAGCGCUCUCAGCGAAUUCCAGACCCACCUGAGCCUGGUACACCGCAGGGGCCGGAGCCAGGUGUGCCCCCAGCCCGGCUGCGGGAAGAGGUUUUACCUGGCCAAGCACCUGCGGCGGCACAUGGGCGUCCACUCAGGUGUGCGGGAGUUCACCUGCGACACCUGCGGGAAAUCCUUCAAGCGCAAGAACCACCUGGAGGUGCACAGGAGGACGCACACCGGGGAGACCCCCCUGCAGUGCGAGGUGUGCGGGUACCGCUGCCGCCAGCGCGCCUCCCUGACGUGGCACAUGCGGAGACACGGGGGGCUCAAGAGCCACCCCGAGCCCCGCGGCACGUAGGGACCCCCCGGCCUCAUCUGGGACCCCCGGCCUCAUCUGGGCCCCCCCAAACUCAUCUGGGCCCCCCAAACUCAUCUGGGCCCCCCCAGGACUGACCUGGACUCACCUGGGACCCCCAAACUCAUCUGGGCCCACCCCAGACUCACCUGGGCCACCCCAGACUUACCUGGGCCCAUCCUGGACUCACCUGGGGCCCCCCAAACUCACCUGGGCCCACCCAAGGACUCACCUGGGCCACCCCAGACUCACCUGGGGCCCCCCCAAACUCAUCUGGGGCCCCCCCAGGACUCACUUGGGCCCCCCCAGACUCACUUGGGCCCCCCCAAACUCACCUGGGCCCCCCCAAACUCACCUGGGGCCCCCCAAGGACUCAUCUGGGCCCACCCCGGACUCACCUGGGCCCCCCCGAACUCAUCUGGGCCCACCUCGGACUCACCUGGGGACCCCCAGGACUCACUUGGGCCCCCCAAGGACUCACCUGGGCCUCCCCAGGACUCACUUGGGCCCCCCAGGACUCACCUGGGCCCCCCCAGACUCACCUGGGCCCCCACCUGCUCACUGGCACCCCCAGAUGUUCCUGCAGCUGUACCUGGAGGUGAAGAAGAACCACCUGGGGGGGUCCUGAGCCCCUCCCCAGGACACCCCGAGCACCUCAGGGGCCUCUCGGGGGUCUCCUUGUGUGUGUCCCCCCCCGCCCAGGUGACCCUGUGCCCCCCCCCAGGUGUCCCCGUUGCCCUCCCCCUUCACCUUUUAUUUAUUUCCUCAUUCUCGCUGUCUCCCCCCUGGUUUUGGGGGGUUUUGGGGGGUUUUGGGGGGUUUGGGGGCUCUGGGUGGGGGGUGCAGACCCCUCUGGGACCCCCCCACACACAAAUCCAUUAAAAUCGGGACUUUU